AUGUCCACCUCCGCUCCCCGCUUCCACAUUCCCUUCCCGAAGACGUUCCUCUCUCUGAACGCGAAGCCCACGAAGCUCCCUAGCGUGAAUACAAUCAUGUCUCCAGAGCCCGAGGUCCCGACGCACAGUUUCCUCUCCAACCGACCCAACGCCUCGCGCCACUUCUCCAUCUCCUCUAGCACCAGCUCCGGCAGUGUCACCAUCAGCGAGCCCGCCUCCCCUACUGUCCAGGCCGCUGAUGCCGCCAAUAUGAACGGAAUGCCUGCGUUCCAGACAUGGCUGCCUCUGAAUGCGAAGUUCAACCCACCGCCUAAGUCCGCAGGCGAGAUGACUGUGGGCGGGGGUGUCAAGAGCCCUUUCCUUUCCAACAGGGGCUAA